CAAUGAAAUACAAUUGAUUAGUUCAUGUUUUGAAAAUGGAAGUGAAAAUUGUUUUAUUUCUUCUGUUUUGUGUCGUGCAAAGAAUAGCGGGUCAGCUGCGGUGCUACGCCUGCGGGUUCUCGUCCGUGGACACUGACAGGUCCUGCCUCACCAUCACUGAUGACACACCGACCGUGGCCUGCCCAUUCACUUAUUGCACAAUAUUGAGACAGGAAUUUCAGGACCCUGUUGGUGUGGUAGCAAGUUUUACGAGAGGCUGCGAGGAAGUACCAGACUUUCUCAAUCAUGAGGUCGUUGAUCCCACAUUCAUGACUUACUACAGAGCCUGCACUACUGACCUUUGUAAUGUUGGGGACGGUAUCCAGUCGGUGACUGGUGGAAGCCUCUCACCAACUCCGGAAUACAACGGUAUAAACUUAUUGGUUCCGGGUACUGGAAAUGCAGUGAACGUAAAAAUCAAUUUAACUCUAUUGUUUUCAUUAGUGUUUUGCAUGUGGUUGUUUAUUUAAAAAUAUUUAAUAAAUACCUACUUUUACUACUAUUA